AUGGCCGUGGACGCAUUGGUGGAAUCGAUCACCACCUAUUGCAGUCGACCUAUUUGGGCUCAUCUGUAUGCAACUCCUUUUGCAGUGUUGUAUGCUAGUUGGUUCUAUAUCUGGUCAUCAGCAUACGGAUACGAGGAAUACUACGAGCUCGGACUUAUCGGUGCUGCUAUCAUAGGACUACUUCAAGCAUUAGUAAUUCUGUUCAGCCACUGGUUUGUCGGGGUAAAAUGCGCUCUGUCCUGCGUCUAUGAAAAAGACCCUCACAAGGCUACUUUGGUCAAGGUAGUACCUACUCCCAACAAUGGUUGGGCGGAGCUCGUACCACUUCGGAGGACUAGGGUGAUUGGUCCGCUUUUUCUCCAGUUCAUCUCCAUGGCUUAUAUUCAUGUUCAGAGAGCUGGUUGUACGAAAGUGUGGUUUGAAUUCCAAAAAAUUCACUACACUUUGGAUCCGGAGACGAACACCUUCAGUACUGUUGUGUUUGACUCUCAUCGACCAAUGAAAUACUACCAACAGUCUCGAGGUGUGGAGAGCGAUGAGCAGUUAGAAGAGACGAAGUAUCUUUAUGGA